AUGAUUCCGAUGUCGCUGGUGGUGGUGGUGGUGGGCGGUUGGACUGCCGUCUACCUGACCGACUUGGUGCUGAAGUCAUCCAUCUACUUUAAGCGUUCUUAUGAAGACUGGCUAGAAAACAAUGGUGUGACCAUCUCUCCUUUUCACAUAAGAUGGCAAACUGCUGUUUUUAAUCGAGUGUUUUACAGUUGGGGACGACGGAAAGCGAGGAUGCUUUACCAAUGGUUCAAUUUUGGAAUGGUGUUUGGAGUAAUUGCCAUGUUUAGCUCUUUUUUCCUUCUUGGGAAAACCCUGUUGCAGACUUUGGCACAAAUGAUGGCUGACUCUUCCUCUUACUCUUCCUCCUCCUCUUCUUCCUCCUCCUCAAUUCACAAUGAACAGGUGCUACAAGUUGUGGUUCCUGGUAUAAAUUUGCCUGUCAACCAGUUGACCUAUUUCUUCGCUGCAGUCCUCAUAAGUGGUGUUGUACAUGAAAUCGGACAUGGCAUAGCAGCUAUUCGGGAACAAGUUCGAUUUAAUGGAUUUGGGAUUUUUCUCUUCAUUAUUUACCCUGGAGCAUUUGUUGAUCUCUUCACCACUCAUUUGCAACUUAUAUCACCAGUCCAACAGCUAAGGAUAUUUUGCGCAGGAAUCUGGCAUAAUUUUGUCCUGGCACUCCUAGGCAUUUUAGCACUUGUUCUUCUCCCAGUAAUUCUCUUGCCAUUUUACUACACUGGAGUUGGAGUUCUUAUCACUGAAGUUGCUGAGGACUCACCUGCCAUUGGACCCAGAGGACUUUUUGUGGGAGACCUUGUUACACAUCUACAGGAUUGUCCUGUUACUAAUGUGCAGGAUUGGAAUGAAUGUCUAGAUAACAUCGCCUAUGAGCCCCAGAUUGGUUACUGUAUAAGUGCAUCAACUUUACAGCAGUUAAGCUUCCCAGUUAGAGCAUACAAACGGCUGGAUGGUUCCAUGGAAUGUUGUAACAAUCACAGCCUCACGGAUGUGUGCUUUUCCUAUAGAAAUAAUUUUAAUAAGCGCUUGCAUACAUGCCUGCCUGCCCGAAAAGCUGUUGAGGCCACUCAAGUUUGUAGAACGAAUAAAGAUUGUAAAAAAGGUUCAAGUUCAAAUUUCUGUAUAAUACCUUCGUUGGAAGCGCACACUCGCUUAAUUAAAGUGAAGCACCCACCUCAAAUUGAUAUGUUGUAUGUGGGACAUCCGUUGCACCUCCACUACACAGUGAGCAUCACCAGUUUCAUCCCACGUUUCAACUUUCUCAGCAUAGAUCUGCCUGUGAUUGUGGAGACAUUUGUCAAGUACCUGAUUUCACUCUCAGGCGCUCUGGCUAUUGUUAAUGCAGUGCCCUGUUUUGCUUUGGAUGGACAGUGGAUUUUAAACUCUUUCCUGGAUGCCACCCUGACCUCAGUGAUUGGAGACAAUGAUGUCAAAGAUCUGAUAGGAUUUUUCAUCCUGCUUGGAGGCAGUGUGCUUUUAGCUGCCAAUGUGACCCUGGGCCUCUGGAUGGUAACUGCUCGGUAA